AUGUCGGGGCCCGCGUUCUGGGAGUCGCUGAUGCGCGCGGGGCGGACGAUAUACUUCCCGAACAUCCCCCUGCGCCUCGUCGCGCCGAACCCGACCGCGGCGAAGGAAGGCCUGAACGUCGUGACGUUCAUCACGACCGAGGUGAAGGGCUACCUCAAGGCUGUGUACGACGUCGAGGCGAAACGCGUGCACACGGUGAACUACGAGGGCAAGAAGAAGCGCUCGAGCAACGGCAAAAACAAUUACUUCUACCGAAGGGCGGACUACAAGAAAGUCUACGUGCAGCUGCACGAAAAGUGGUACCCCCCGACGGGGUUCGCGUCGUCCCCCGCGGGCGCCGACGGCGACGCGGAGAAGCGCCGCGAGCCGCUCGGGAAAAACGCGGUGAAGGACGGGGAGAAACGGUACUGGCUGGAGAGCAGGAUCGCGCAGGACGAGACUGGGGAGGUGGAGAUGGACUCGAGGGGGCGGGGGCGGGCGAGGAGGAGGUGACGACGGGCGAGCGCGUCGCGCGUAGCGUUAGCGUCGGCUGCGACGAGCAUCGAUCGAGUCGCGUCUGUGCCAGUGUU